UGCGGAUCCGCGCUGCGCCGGCGGCGAUGCCAGCCCAGGCCUCAGCCCCUUCUCAGCCUCCAUCCAUGGCCUCUCCGGAAGCACAGGAGACUGGAGCGGCCCCGGCCGAGGAGAACCAAGCGGACACAGGGCCGGAGAAAACGGGAGCUCCUGCCUCGCCCUACCGGAAGUCCUGGCUGGUGCGGCAUUUCUCGCUGCUGCUGCGGAGAGACCGGCAGGCGCAGAAGGCAGGGCAGCUCUUCUCGGGGCUCCUGGCCCUCAACGUGGUGUUCCUGGGCGGGGCCUUCGUCUGUAGCAUGAUCUUCAACAACGUGGCUGUCACGCUGGCCGACGUGUGGAUCCUGCUGGCCGCGCUGAAGGCCCUGUCCCUCCUCUGGCUCCUCUACUACGCUGCCUGCACCGCCCGCCACCCACACGCCGUGCUCUUCCGGGACCCUCACGCAGGAUCCAUAUGGGCUCGGGGCUCCCUGCUUCUCUUCGGCAGCUGCGCCAUCUGCCUGAACAUCUUCCGCGUGGGCUACGACGUGAGCCACAGCCACUGCAAGUCGCAGCUGGAACUCAUCUUCCCUGUCAUUGAGAUCCUCUUCAUCAGUGCCCAGACCUGGGUGCUCUGGAAACACUGUAAGGACUGUGUUCAAGUCCAGACCAAUUUCACUAGGUGUGGCCUAAUGCUGACCCUGGCCACAAACCUGCUCCUGUGGGUUCUGGCUGUCACCAACGACUCCAUGCACCGCGAGAUCAAGGCUGAGCUCAACGCCCUCGUGGAAAACUUCUCAGACAACGACACCAGCGCCUGCCUGUGCCUCAACGCCACGGCGUGCGAGGUCUUCCAGAAGGGCUACCUGAUGCUCUACCCCUUCAGCACGGAGUACUGCCUCAUCUGCUGUGCCGUGCUCUUCGUCAUGUGGAAGAACGUGGGCCGCCGCCUGGCCCCCCACAGAGGUGCCCGCCCCGGCAUGCCUCCCUUCCACCUGCACGGGGCCAUCUUCGGGCCACUGCUGGGCCUGCUGGCCCUGGUGGCGGGCGUGUGCGUCUUCGUGCUCUUCCAGAUCGAAGCAAGUGGCCCUGCCAUCGCACGCCAGUACUUCGUCCUCUACUACGCCUUCUACGUGGCCGUGCUGCCCGCCAUGAGCCUGGCAUGCCUGGCGGGCACGGCCAUCCACGGGCUGGAGGAGCGAGAGCUGGACACGCUCAAGAACCCCACCCGCAGCCUGGACGUGGUGCUGCUGAUGGGCGCAGCGCUGGGCCAGAUGGGCAUCGCCUACUUUUCCAUCGUGGCCAUCGUGGCCACUCGCCCCCACGAGCUGCUCAACCGCCUCAUCCUGGCCUACUCGCUGCUGCUUAUCCUGCAGCACAUGGUCCAGAACCUCUUCAUCAUCGAGGGCCUGCACCGGCGCCCGCUCUGGGAGACGGCCCCCGAGGGGCCGGCGGGGAAGCCGCAGGCGGAGCUGCCCCGCCGGGGCUCGCUGCUGGAGCUGGGCCAGGACCUGCGCCGCGCGUCACGGGCCUACAUCCACUCCUACAGCCACCUCAACUGGAAGCGGCGGGCGCUGAAGGAGAUCUCGCUCUUCCUCAUCCUCUGCAACCUCACACUGUGGAUGAUGCCCGCAUUUGGCAUACACCCGGAGUUUGAGAACGGUCUGGAGAAGGACUUCUAUGGCUACCGGACGUGGUUCACCAUCGUCAACUUCGGUCUGCCCCUGGGGGUCUUCUACCGCAUGCAUUCUGUUGGGGGGCUGGUGGAGGUCUACUUGGAGGCCUGAGGCUGCCCAAGGACCCGCCCCUGGCAGUACACCAAAGUGCCAAGGCUGGGAAGAGGGUAGCCCAGUCUCUGAGCAAAUGCCCCAUUCCAGGGGGUGCUUAGACCAGACUGGGUUCCCCAAAGCCUCCCCCUCCCCCAUAUCCUCACCAAGGUGGGAGGCACUGUCUGCAGCCCAAGACCAAGGGCGGGGCCUGGACACUGAGCUUCUGAUGCCCACACCCAGGACUGGACACACGCCUGCCCCUGUUCACCACCACAAUCAGUGCAGCCCAGGGGACAUACCCCCCACAGCCACUCUCCGGGACCCACAGCCCUAAAUGACGGAGUCUGGGAGGGGCCCCGCCACCCAGGCCGGCCUCCGGGGUCUGCCUCUUUCUGUGGAAAGGGCACUUGGUUCAAGCUCAGCCGGGGACAUUCUAGAAGCUUGCAGCCCUGCAAGCAGGCCUGGCCCUCCCUUCCCACAUACCCUGUCUCCUAAUGAGCUCAUUAAUUAGCUACCAGGCAGAGUUCAACAGCUCUCUCCUGCCGCCAUAAACCCUGUUUGU